GUUUCUAUUACUGACCUAAGGACUUCAUUUGCUCUCUCUCUCUCUCUCUUUCUAGGGUUUUUCUUUGCGAUACGAUGAGUCGUCAUCCUGAGGUGAAGUGGGCACAGAGGUUGGACAAGGUUUUCAUUACAGUGUUAUUGGCAGAUGCCAAAAAUGCAAAAGUAAAUCUAGAACCAGAUGGAGUUUUCACUUUCUCUGCUGCUGCUGGGGCUGAAAACCAUCUUUAUGAAGUGAAGAUGGAUCUCUAUGAUAAGGUGAAUGUAGAGGAAAGCAUUAUAAACAUUGGAGUCAGGAGUAUAUUCUGUGUAAUAGAGAAAGCAGAGAAGGGGUGGUGGAAGAAGCUUUUGCGUGGGGAUGACAAGACUCCACAUUAUGUGAAGGUCGAUUGGGACAAAUGGGUGGAUGAAGAUGAUGACACUGGUGGUCCUGCUGACAUGGAUUUGGGGGGGAUGGACUUCUCAAAAUUUGCUGAUAUGCAGGGAAUGGGCGGAGGAAUGGGAAUGGGUGGAGGAAUGGGAAUGGGAAUGGGCGGAGGAAUGGGAAUUCCCGGAAUGGGAAUGGGUGGAGGAAUGGGAAUUCCCGGAAUGGGAAUGGGAAUGGGCGGAGGAAUGGGAAUUCCCGGAAUGGGAAUGGGCGGAGGAAUGGGAAUUCCCGGAAUGGGAAUGGGCGAUGAUCUUGAAGACAGUGAUGAUGAAGAUCAAGAAGUGGAAAAACCAACAGGAGGACAUGAAAAGAAGCAGGAUGAAGCUACAGAGGGGAAGACAGAAGCUGCUCCAAUCACAUGAAGCAUGUCUCUGUGAAAAUUUCAGAGGAAUCAACUCCAGACUUUUGCUUUGGCAUAAGUUUGGAUAACAAGUCAGGUCCAGUACAGGACCAGCUACAUUCGAGUGUCUUCCAUCAUCUCAAAGCUUAAGUUUGGUUAAUGUUUUAUUUUGACAAGUGGUAGGUACUGGCUUUAGGCCAAGUAAAACAUUACAGUUUUUUUUAUCAAUUUGAAUGCCGUAUGUAUUUUAAAAGAUUAGGAUUCAAGGGAUUAUAAAUUUAUAACUUGAGAAUUGGCAUUAAAGUCUCAUUUUUCUAUUACUGCAACAGUUAGAGCUUUUUUGUAGUUUAUUUUUGUGCUUUUCUACCCUAACUUCUAUGGUUGAUAAUUCAGAAUGGCCGUGUUGGGGUGUGUUUUUUUCAACCCAAGCAACAUGCGAGUGAUUUCAUGAUUUUUAAAC